GUAACCAACCAGAGCUUUUUUUUUUCUCCUAAGUUCCUCUCCUCGAAUAUACUUUCAGAGCUAGUUCCCCCCUCUACCUGUUCCUCUACUUCGUCACCACAACCAUGCUCUUUGGUAACAAACUUGACAACGAGGUCUACGCGCCAUGGAAGGAGUUCUACAUGAACUACACUUCCCUCAAGAAACUUCUUAAAGAAGGUGUCAUCUUGAAGAACAAUUGGACCGAAAAGGAUGAACUGAACUUUGUCACUGCUUUGGAUUCUGACUUGGAAAAAGUUUACACUUUCCAGUCCAACAAGUAUGACGAGCUCAAUGAAACUUUGGAAACUCUUCAAUCACAAACAGAAAAUGCUUCUAGUGGGUUUGAUGAAGUCAAGUUCUCUACCAAGUUGGAAGAAACUUUAACCCUUGCACAAGAACUUGAACAUUUCCAACGUCUUAACUACACUGGGUUCACCAAGAUUGUCAAGAAACAUGACCGUAUCCAUCCAGAAUUUUCAGUCAAGCCUCUUUUGAAUGUUAGAUUGAAGAACUUGCCAUACCAUAAUGAAGAUUACUCUCCAUUAUUGUACAAGAUUUCUGCUCUUUUCCAAUUCUUGCGUGACAACUAUAAUGUUGACCAAUCCCUCUCCAAGUUGUCCUCCUUCCAUGAAGACCAAUCUCAUCAAGAGUUUGAUUCUUUCAAGUUUUGGAUCCAUAAGGAUAACUUGAUGGAGGUGAAAACCAACAUCUUGAGACAUUUGCCCGUGUUGGUGUUCAACUCUCAUCGCCCACAAUCUUUUGAUGACUUGAUGCAUGACGACUCAGAUGACGAGAAUGAAGAUGAUAACCCAACCAUUAAUUGUUUGUACUUUGACAGUCCUUCCUUUGAGUUGUACAACGAUAAGUUGGUGAAGAAUGCAAACUCUUCCUCGUUGAGAAUUAAAUGGGUCGGCAAAUUGUCCGAUAAGCCCAAAAUUAGUAUUGAAAAGAAAAUCUUUGAUCAAACUAGUCAAGAUUUCAAUGUUGGUGAAAAACUCACAUUGAAGGAAAAAUACCUUGAUGCCUUUGCCAAGGGUACUUUCGACCCAACUAAGUUUGUCAAUAAGAUGAUCAAGCGUGGUCUGAGCCAAGCAGACAUCACCAAGUUUGCUGACGAUGUCACCAACUUGGAAUCCUUCAUCAAGGAACAUAACCUUCAACCAUGUGUUAGAACCACCUACAAGCGUACUGCCUUCCAGAUCCCAGGUGAUGACAAGGUACGUAUUGUCAUUGAUUCCGACUUGAAGUUCAUCAGAGAAGAUGCAUUUGAUUCUGAAAGACCUAUCAGAGAUCCUCUGAAGUGGCAUAGAACAGACAUCGAUUCCAACGUUGGCAACGUAGAUGCCUUUUUGAGAAAGGGAGAAUUUUCCAAGUUCCCAUACUCGGUUAUGGAAAUCAAGGUUAAAAAGCAAAAACUUACUCAAAGUAAACGUUCUCAAUGGAUUAACGAUUUGGUUUCUUCUCAUUUAGUCAAGGAAAUUCCAAAUUUUUCCAAGUUUAUUCAAGGUAUUGCUCUGUUGUUCUUGGAAGAUGAUAAAUUGGAUAACAUCCCACUUUGGUUCCAUGACUUGGAAGGUGAUAUUAAGGUCGACCCUGAACAAGCCUAUAUUGAUCAGAAGAACAAGGCUGUCAAGCAACAAAAUGAUCAAGAAAACUUGAAGAAGUUUAAGAGCAUGUUAUCCAACUCUGCUUCUAGUUCAGGUAACUUUUCUCCUAGAUCCAAGUCCUUUAGUGGUUCUGUUCUACUUGAUCCUCCUUCACCCCUGACCAAGGGCAAGGCAUUCAUUCUUGACGAAGUCACCGAAGAAGAUUCAGGCGUGAAACCUGUCAAGGCAGUGCAAGAUGAAGAUGACGAUGACGAUGAUGAUGACGAUGAUGAUGAAGAUGAUGAGGAAGAAGCUAGAAACUCUCUCACUACCAGUAGUUUCUUGAACAAGGUCAGCGGUAGUGGUGCCACUUUUGCCAAGCUCAUUGAUGCUGACUCUGAAGAUGAAGAAAUUGAACUUCCAAAGGGUGUUUCCAAGCCAGAGUCUUACAUCAAGAACGCUGGUCCAUUGAAGAUUGAAGCCAAGGUGUGGUUGGCUAAUGAAAGAACUUUCAACAGAUGGCUCCAUGUCACCACUCUUUUCUCUUCGUUGACUUUUGUUGUCUACUCGUCUGCUGCCAAGUCUAACUCUUUCCAAGUGGCUGAAAUUUUGGCAUACUUUUAUUUCGCAUUAACCUUGUUCUCGGGAGUUUGGGGCUACUAUAUCUUCAACAAAAGAAGAGACAUCAUCAUCGAAAGAUCUGAAAAACACUUGGAUAACAUUAUCGGUCCAUUGAUUGUUGCCGUUGGUUUGAUCAUUGCCUUGGUGGUUAACUUUGUGUUUGGUUUCAAGCAUGUUGCUCAACAACAAAAUAUGAACCUUAUGGUUGCUGGUUUAGAUGACACCUACUACCAGGACCAUCCUUUCCACAAGAGUGUGCACGAGUUCGUGUUCAGUCUUGUCGCUUAAUACAGCUACUGUGUGGCUUGAAUCUUUAAUUUUUUCUUUCUGCCAGUCAUAGUACAUACAU